UGUUUCUGCACGGUAAUAAUUCUGUGAACACCACCUCACAUGUUGACCUUUUCCCCAUCCUCUGCAUGGAUUUGUAGUUUAUUUUUGUACGUGUAGAAGGCAAAGAUAUAGCUAUGGCUCUGAAUAAAAUGCUGACACGUCAUCUGAGUCUAUUCAGGUGUCUCCAGGAUGUGAUAUCUCAGAGAUGUUUACUUUCUGUGUCCUCGUUUCAUGCUACACCCACUCAGUCAAACUCCAACCGAUCCUCUGUGGUUCGCUGCAGCAGGCAGAAGUAUGAGCGCAUGUACCCGGUGUUGCUUAUGCAUCCUGACGGCUCCACCAUUAAUAUCAGAUACAAAGAACCUCGGAGAAUUCUAAUGAUGCCUGUGGACAUUACAAGUUUGUCAGAGGAGGAGAGAAAAGCCAGGAUGCGAAAGAGGGAUCCUAAGAGGGGAGUGACUAAGAGAAAGGAUGAUGAAAUUGAGGAUGACUUUAAAGUGGAGGACUACAGCAAGUUCUGGAAGAAAACAUGAACAGACCUGGCAUAUUUCAUUUAGUAUAUUAAUGCUAUUUCACAUGUACAGAAUGUAUGCUGUUUUGUUUAUUUGUUUAUCAUUGAAUCAUUAAAAUUCUUAAUACCAAGAGA